AUGGUCUCCCAAUUGUUCGAAGAAAAAGCUAAAGCUGUCCAAGAAUUACCAAAGAAACCUUCUGAUGAUGAAUUACUACAAGUAUACGCGCUUUACAAACAAGCAACUGUCGGUGAUAACAACAAGGAAAAACCUGGUAUUUUCAAUUUGAAAGAUCGUUCUAAAUGGAACGCUUGGGAAGAAUUGAAAGGUAUGUCCCAAGAAGAAGCUGAAAAGAAAUACAUUGAAUUAGUAGAUUCCUUAUCUGCUAAAUACGCUUAA